AUGGGCGAGGAGGACGCCAGGCGGCUGCUGAGCGCGGAGCCGAUACGGUCUCCUGAGCUGCUCUCACGACUCAUGCCGCAUAACACCGCAGCACGUCUUGCGGCAGCUCAUGUGCCAAAGAAGCAUUCGCCGGAGAAGGCCGCGUCACGAUCGCCCACUAAUCAGCCCGCCUCACGAUCGCCCAUUGAGAAGUCCGCGUCACGAUCGCCCAUUGAGAAGGUCGUGCCACGAUCGCCCACUAAUCAGUCAGCCUCACGAUCGCCCAUUGAGAAGUCCGCGUCACGAUCGCCCAUCGAGAAGACCGUGCCACGAUCGCCCACUAUUCAGCCCGCCUCACGAUCGCCCAUUGAGAAGACCGUGUCGCGAUCGCCCAUCGAGAAGACCGUGUCGCGGUCGCCCGUUGCGAAGGAGCUGCCAUCGGAGCAAACGGCAAAGACAACAGCGCUAACGAAAGCAACCACGGCAAAGGAGUCUACACCGCAGGAAGCCAAGCAGCCCCGCGUGCCAAUUCCGACAAGAAAUUCUUUUCUGGGAGUGGAUCCUGCGGCUCCGGUUGUUCCUGUUGUUAUUGCCGACAAGCCGAAGACGGGGGAAAGCCCGGGGGUCCAGCGUCAGUCUGCUGCAGCCGCCACGCGACCAUCACUGGGCAAAUCUACUGAGAUGUUGGAGGUACUAGUUUCCACCGGGGCGGGGGCAAAAAGGUCAUCCUCGCCUCGCGACAGAAAAGCAGCUAGUUUUCCCCCGAGUCAACAAAGGAGAAUCAAGAGCACCAACGGGUCCUCAAAGGUCACCGUUGUCUUUUCAGGAGAGCCAAAAACGAAGACGCAGUCGCAACCGGAGAGGCGUAUUGGAGGUUUAGGCCACGGUCCGCUUGCUGUGACCGGGCAGGCGGCUACAGCCAAUAUGCGACGCCGGGCAAGUGCAGCGGCCACCCGCGUUACGACUUGGCGCCGUGACGAGCCCGCCCCUACGCUGGAGAAGGAUGUGCUCCGUGGUACAAAGAGCAGGUCACCGCUGCACAGCUCGGAGGCGGGAUCUACUGCGUCAAAGCCGCCCGCUUUGCAGCAACUUUCAUGGAGACGGAAGAGCCUUUCCGUACUGACGCUGGCGGCUUCCCGCGAGCGUGAUCCCUACUGUCCGUUGAACACUGAUCGUCGGGUCCCGAAUAAAGUCAGGGCUGUCAGACGCGGUCCCAUUGGAGAACUUGAGUCGCCCAAGCAACUCGUUCCAUUUUGUACGGAGUGUGGAAAACGACACCUUAGCGAGAAGGUCAAGUUCUGCGCCUUCUGCGGUCAUAAGCGUGAAUGUGUGCGCUGA